CCGCGUUCAGCCAACAGUUCAAUCCACGCGCCAAUAUCUUUAUUUUGGUCAAUUUGGGCUGCGAAAUGCUGUACGUAAUUGACCAGCGGCUGAAAGCGCAACAAAUUGCAGCCGACAAAUCGGUUCAAGUUAUACACGAUGUGACGACAGUGUUAUUGGAGCCGAAGUUCAUAGACUCUCUACUUAACGGUUCUACACACGGAAAUGCUCAACUAAUAACUGCCGAUCAUUGCAAAUUCAUGUUAAAUGAUAUUGCGACUUGUUCGCUGAUGCGCCUGGACGAGCAAUCGCAGGCCAAAUUGUGGAAUCUGAUGACUAUGAUGUACAAGUGGCAGUUGUUUAUGUCAGGGCAUCAGCAUCAUUUACUAGACAUUACCUUUCGCCAUCUGGAUUCGAUAAACAAACUUUAUCCGGAUGCCAAGCGGCACAUGUUGAUUGAUUUCACGAAAAAUACACUUCUCGAUUUCUGGAAUGCCUGCGGGGAAGAGCAACAGCUCUCCAUCUAUCGCACCAACAAGGCCUGGCUGCAGUGCUUCAAUACCAAAAUCUCUUUGCUAAUGCGACUUGGUUUUCAAACGCUGGACGGCAGCUUUCUGCGUGAAGUAGAUCAGAGCUAUUUCCAGAACUUUGUUCAAGGCAUCGGUGAGAAUAUCUAUAUCAAGAGCAACGAGUUGGUCCAGCAGCAGGAACACCUAUCACGAGCAACUAACAGCAAGAGUGGCAUGGAUCAGCUAGCCGCCCAACUUAAUAUUCGACAGGCGCCCGUCUCGGGCGAGGAUUUGCAGCCCAUUGAUGCGCGGCAGUUCCAGCAACAAUACGAAAAGAGCUUGCAGCAAUGCAACAUAUUGCUCGAGGACCUGGACAGCAGUAACAAUGGGGCAAGCAGACAAACCAAUGCCGCAGGAUGCGAGUUCGUGCAGCUUCAAACAGCGACUCCGACUGACACUGGAGGAAUUGGAGGGCGCGUUUUGAAUCACAAACUGCUUGAUUUAUACAGUAAAAUGCAUUAA